ACUGCAUUUCAGCCUCUCGGACAUACAGCAAAGAGGAGACGGGGAGGCAUAGAACAGCAUGACAGACGGAGAAAUCACAGUGUUCUCGCUGGGGCCUACGAAAUUUGGUGUCAACCUGCAAGAUUACAAAAAGCUCACACGUCUGUACUGCAUGAACGGCGGAUACCAUCUCCGCAUACUGCCAGACGGAUCGGUGGAAGGCAGCCGGGAGGAGAACGACAUUUACAAUGUGCUGCGGAUCAAAGCUGUGGACAUCGGGGUGGUUGUUAUUGAGGGCAAGGAGGCGGAGCACUUCUUGGCCAUGAACAGUGAUGGACAACUCUAUGGGUCGCCAACACUAAGUGAUGAAUGUUACUUCCUGGAAAAGUUAGAGGAGAACCAUUACAACACAUACAGGUCACAGAAGUAUCAGGAGGAGUGCUGGUACGUGGGAAUCAAAAAGAAUGGAAGACCCAAAGCUGGUCCAAGGACCCAUAUGGGCCAGAAGGCUGUUUACUUUUUACCCCGUCAGGUAGAUGACUGUGAAUAAAAGAAACUUGUUGAGUUUCUAUCGGAAUAUCCAGAACAAGUGCACACCAAAAUAUGUCAUUUAAUUAUUCCUGGCCCCCUUCCAACAUGCAUGAGUUUUAAACCACAAAGUGCUGCUCACAGAAAUCUGGGAUUUCUGUCACCACUAAUACAUGUGACGCAAAAUUAGCUACCAUGAAAUGUACCCCAACAACAAAUACAGUAAUAGAAUAUAUGGCUUCAUUGACUUUUCAUACAAAUUUUCAGUAAAAUUACUCCAACUGAAUAGAUUUUUUUGGUGAACUAAAUUGUUCACAUUUUUCUA